AUGCGGGCGGGGGCAUACACCAUCCACCAGUCGCUCACCGCCGAGGCGGCCGCGGUGCUCAAGCUCGCGCUCGCGCUUGCGCGCCGGCGCGGCCAUGCGCAGGUCACGCCGCUGCACGUCGCAUUCGCGCUGCUGACCGGCCCCGCCGCCGCCGCGUGCGCGCAGCCUCUCGCGGCCUUCUACUCACCCGCGUCCCCGGCGGCGCCGUACGGUCUGCUCAAGCGUGCCUGCCUGCGCUCGCACCCGGCGCCCGGUGCGGCGUCGUCACACGGCGCGCCGCAGCACCCAUUCCAGUGCCGCGCGCUCCAGCUAUGCUUCAAUGUCGCGCUCAACCGCCUGCCCGCUUCCGGCCCGUACUCGCCGCCCUCCUCGACGGUGCCAUUCACGUCGCCGCUUAUCCAGCCCAGCCCCACACUCUCCAACGCGCUCGUCGCCGCCCUCAAGCGCGCGCAGUCCAACCAGCGCCGCGGGUGCGUUGAGCUCCAGCAGCCGCCGCCAGCAACAAAUGCGCCGCCGCCGCAGCAGCAGCCACUACUCUCCAUCAAGGUGGAGCUGGAGCAGCUAGUCAUGUCCAUCCUCGACGACCCCAGCGUGAGCCGCGUCAUGCGGGAAGCCGGCUUCUCCAGCGCCACAGUCAAGAGCAACCUCGAGGAGGACAGCGCGCUCAUGCCACCACCUUCCUCGUCGUCCCCGCCGCCGCCACCCAUCCCUCCCCACUUCUUCAUCGACCCCAGCAUUUCCUCCGGCAGCAAAGGUGGUGACCGCUUCGGGCUGUGGCCGGCGCAGUUCUUGGCCGCGCCGGUCCCGAGCGCAUGCAACGACGACGUCCGCGCGGUCCUGGAAGUGAUGGUCCGGAAGCAGGGGCGGCGAAGCAACCCCGUUGUGGUUGGCGACUCGGUGUCCAUGGCGGAGGCCGUGGCCGGCGAGCUGCUGCGGCGCCUCGAGCGCGGUGACGUCCCCGAAGACCUCGCCGGCGCUCACCUCCUCAAACUGCAGCUCUCCUACGUGCACGUCCGCCUCAUGAGCCGCGCCAACGUGAACGCCCGGGCCUCCGAGCUCCGCCGUAGCGUGGACGCCGUCCAGCUCCAGCGCGGCGGCGGGCUGGUGGUCUACGUGGGCGACCUGCGGUGGGCGCUCGAUGAGGAACCGAACGACAACCACGCGGUGUCGUCGUACAGCCCCGUGGAGCACAUGGUCGCCGAGCUCGGGCGCCUCCUCGACGACCUCCGAGCCUCCCGCGGCCGCGCCUGGCUCGUGGCCACUGCCAGCUAUCAGACGUACAUGAGGUGGCAGCAGCGGCGCCGGCGGCCGGUGGAGUCCGCCUGGGCGCUGCAGGCCGUGGUGGUCCCCACCGGCAGCGGCAGCGGCAGCGGCACCGGCCUGUCCCUCAACAGCCUCCAUUCCUCAUCGUCGUCCUCUUCCUCCCUCCCAAGUGCCAGUGCAGGGGUGCCUCCGGCAAUGGUGACAUCACAGCAGCUUCGGCAGAAUCCUUUCGCAAUGGCGAGGGCGGCAACUGCGUUUGCGAGCAGAGAUGAGCAGGAUGAGAUGCAGCUGGUGCUCUGCACCGAGUGCACCAAGCACUACGAGAGUGAGGCGUCGCUCGUGAAGGCAGAGGCUGAUGCGGAGGCCCCACGUGCCAGCCUCCCGGACUGGCUGGUGUUGGACAGGCCACCGGCAGCCCAAGCACCACACAAGCAGAGAUAUCUGAUCGAGUUGAAGUGGAAAUGGAGCCGGCUGUGCCGCAAGCUUCACCUCUGCUCUAAUCCAUGCUCCCCUCCGUGUCCAUGGUGGUCUGGUUCUUGCUUGCUACCUGCCAGCAAGAGCAAGCCAAGCGUGGCGGGGUUCUUGGGCUUGGAUGGUUUGAUGGAGCAACGCAAGAGCAGGACAGGACGGUGGUCCCCGCCCUCACAGUCAAGGGGUCCUCGUUGGGGCCUGAGUCCACCGGCGAUGGGGCCGGGAUGUCAGGGCGUGGCAACUACGCUUGCUCUCAGCAGCCACCCGCUCUCGGACUCGGCGACAUCCGACAGCCGCGCCCCAGGAAGCGGUGAUGGCUCCGCGGCGGCGGUGCGCGAGCUGGAGCAGAGGCUGCGCAGGAACAUCCCGUGGCAGCCCGGAGCCGUCGUCACGGAGAUUGCCAAGGCGGUGGUUGCUAGCCGUCGCCGAGAGAGCGACGGUGCGAUGGGCGCGUGGCUGUACGUGAAGGGGAGCGACCACAGCGCCACGCGGCGCGCUGUCACGGUGAUCGCGGAGACGCGCUGCGGCUCGGCUGAUCGCGUGAUCUGCGCCGACGCGAGCAAGUUCAGCUGCGCCGAGGAGCUGUGCUUGGAUGUUGUCUCCAGGGCGUCCGAGAUGGGUGGCAGGAUGCUGGUGGUGAUCGUGGACGAUGUCGAGAACGCAUCGUGCGACGUUGCCGACUGCCUGGUCGCCGCAUCGAAGAGCGGUUCUCUCAAGGAUCAUCAGUCCGGACAAGUACUGGAUCUCUCCGGCUGCAUCGUGAUCCUGACGGCAUCGAAGUUGCCCGGCGGCGACAGCGACCAAAUAAUCAGCCUGCGUCUGUGGUCGGAGGACGAGGCGUCGUCCGGCGCUCUCAAGAGGAAGACGGAGUCACCGCAGGGCGAGGGCAAGCGGGCACGGCACGACGUCGGGCUGGGCAGCCUUGAUCUCAACCUCUGCGCCGAGGAUGACCCAGACGAAGACGAAGACGAUGGAGCCCCCAGCGACCUAACCGACGAAGGCGACUCCAGCGACUCAAGCGAGCACGGACAGCCCCACGGCCUCCUCGAGGCCCUCGCGGCCAGCGUGGUCACCCUCGACAAGGAAGGUGGCGGUGGCGGCGACGCCACAGCCUCCAUCCGCGCAAGGCUUGCCAGGGCCAUCGGCCAAGGAGGAACUGGGACGCGUGUGGAGGAGACGGCGGUGCAGGCGCUCGCAGCGGCGUCCGGACAGUUCCUUGAGGAGGAGCUUGACAGUUGGACGGCGGAAGUGCUUGAACCGGCGGUGGCGGUGGCAGCGGUCAAAAAUGACGGGAAGGGGAAGGUGAUAAUAGUACUUGGAUUGGGGCCCGGCGGAGGGGUCCGGGAGACAGCCGGGUUCAUGGGCUCGGUCCUUCCAAGUAGGGUCCAGGUGGACUGA